AUGGCUGUUGCGGGGAUAUGUAGCAGCGUAAAUAAGAAUGAUGUGCCUCGGUCCUUUUGUUUUGGUAUCGUUUUUAUAUUGUUCAGUGGCCUUACAAAUGCACAAAUUCGCUAUACCAUUCCGGAGGAGCUGGAGACUGGAGCCGUUGUUGGUGACAUUGCGCGGGAUCUGGGGCUUGAACUGAGAAUGCUCUCGUCACGUCGGAUCCGAAUUUCCUCGGACAGCGCCAGGCGUUACUUCAAUAUCAAUCACCAAACCGGUAAGCUCUUUGUCGGUGACCGAAUCGACCGCGAGUCGCUCUGCGAGGUUAGCGGCGCCUGCCUUCUUCACCUUGACGUGAUCCUGGAAAACCCUCACGACUUACACAGCGUGGAGGUUGAGAUUUUAGACGCAAAUGACAACACACCUCAGUUCCCACGGGAUGAGUAUCAGUUGGAGAUAUCCGAAUCAGCGCUCCCUAGCACCCGUUUCCCCAUUGAGGGUGCUCAGGACUCAGACGACGGUUCGAAUUCUGUACGCCUUUACAAACUCAGCCCCAACGAGCACCUUGCGCUGGAUUCCAACAAACCACCUACAAACGGCAAACCUGUAGAACUCGUACUGAAGAAACCGCUGGACCGCGAGCAGACGGCCUCUCUCCAACUUCUUUUAACAGCCACGGACGGCGGCACGCCAGCUCGCACAGGUACGGCCCGAAUAAACGUGCGGGUGUUAGAUAUCAACGACAACGCGCCAGUGUUCGACAGUUCCGUGUACAAAGUGAAAUUGCGUGAAAACUCGCCCGUGGGUGCGCUGGUGAUCAAACUGAACGCUACAGAUCGAGAUGAGGGCACAAAUGGUGAAGUAUACUACUCUUUUAGCAGCUAUACUCCAGAGAGAGUAAGACAGAUGUUCACCAUGGACACAGACAGUGGGGAGAUCAGAGUGAGGCGCAACAUAGACUAUGAGGAGACCAACUCCUAUGAGAUGUACAUCCAGGCAAUGGAUAGAGGGCCAGGAGCUGUUGCAGUGCACUGUAAAGUUGUGGUGGAAGUUUUGGAUGUGAAUGACAACCCUCCUGAGCUGGUGUUGUCAUCUCUGUCCAGCCCUGUGAGAGAGGAUGCUCGGGCAGACACUGUAGUGGCUCUAAUCAGUGUGAAUGACCGAGAUUCUGGCCAAAAUAAGCAUGUAACAUUGGAAAUCAUUCCACCAGACCUCCCCUUUAAGAUUAAAUCUUUCCGGAAUCAUUACACCUUGGUCACAUCUGCCUUUCUUGACCGUGAGGCCGUGGCCUCUUACAAUGUCACCGUAACUGCAAAUGAUGGUGGAACUCCAUCACUCUCCUCUCAGAUGAUUGUUCAUGUGGAGGUGGCAGAUGUCAAUGACAACCCACCACGCUUUGAACAGACAUCCUACACUGUGUAUGUUCCUGAAAACAAUGCACCUGGCGCUUCGCUGUGUGUUGUUAAGGCCACAGAUGCGGAUGUCAAUGAAAAUGCCCGUAUCACCUACACUGUCCUCAGUGACAAUAACCAUGGGAUCUCUGUAGGCUCAUAUGUAUCUGUGAAACCAGCAACAGGUGAGGUGUAUGCUCUGCGUUCCUUUGACUUUGAGAAGGUUCGAGAAUUUCACUUCCAGGUGAAAGCGCAGGACAAUGGCGUGCCACCACUGAACCGUGUAGCCACUGUUUACAUUUAUGUGAUGGACCAGAAUGACCAUGCACCACGAUUUGUCCACCCACCAGCCAAUAGCACACGCCCAACAAUGGAGACUGUCCUAAGGAAUGUGGAGGCAGGUGCUCUGGUUACUCGUGUCCUGGCCUGGGAUGGUGAUGCAGGCCAGAACGCCUGGUUGGUCUAUGCCCUGGAUCAUGCCCCUGAACUUGACCUGUUUAAAGUGCAUGAGCACACAGGGGAGGUACGCACCACCCGCCGUGUGGUGGAGGAUAACUCCACCCUUUUCAGCUUGCUUGUGUUGGUGCGUGACCAUGGUGUGCCACCCCUCUCUGCUACUGCCACCCUCAAUGUGGCAGUGAUGGAGCUCCCACCCAAGAUGACCCCAGACCCCAAACGUAUCACCCGUCCACAUGGUGCAAUGCUGUUCUCCAAUGUCACACUCUACCUAAUUGUAGCUCUAAGUGCCACUACCUUUGUCUUUCUACUCACUGUUGUUGUGCUGGCCAUUGUCCGUUGCCAUGCUUACUGCAGCCAGCCUGAUGCCUGCUCCUGCUCACCUUGCUGUGGAGGAUCCAAAAAAAAAUCCAAGGAGAGUGGUGGAGGAGGGGCAGCAUCAGGUGGAGCUUCAGGUGGGGCUUCAGGUGGAGGUGGAGGAGGAGGUGGGGGUGGGGGUGGCGGAAACCAGCAGCAGCAAGGUAACAAUGUUGCUCUUCGUCGGGACUUGAAGGUGGAGCCCCAUUAUAUAGAGGUUCGAGGAAAUGGAUCUCUCACCAAGACCUACUGUUACAAAACCUGUCUGACUGCAACAUCUGGCAGUGACACCUUCAUGUUCUACAACACAGGUCGCCCCCUCAGUGGGACCUGGGGCUCUGAACGUUUCUUCACUGGGCAGAGUGGGCAAUUUGUGAGACGCCUUAGUAUGCCUGAUGCUGCUGCCAUUCAGGUGUGUGUGUGUCCCAAGGCUCCUAAUGCAGACUGGAGGUACUCCGCCUCUCUCAGAGCAGGAAUGCAGAGCUCAGUCCACAUGGAGGAAUCAUCAGUGGUGCAGGGAGCCCAGGGUGUUUUGGUCCAAAACUGGCCAACUGUGUCCAGCGCUGCAGAUGGUGAGGGUGGAGAAGUUUCUCCGCCUGUAGGUGCUGGGGUGGACAGUAACAGUUGGCAUUUUCGCUAUGGGCCAGGUCCUGGCGGGCCACCUCAGCACCUGAAACCUGGUGAGGUUCCGCCAGAAGCCUUCAUCAUUCCCGGCUCGCCUGCCAUCAUCUCCAUUCGUCAGGGUCAGGAUGGGGAUGACAAGAGUGACUUCAUCACAUUUGGAAAGAAGGAAGAGGCCAAGAAGAAGAAAAAGAAGAAGAAGGAGAAGAAAGACAAACGGGAAAAAGGAAAGGAUGAUGGAGAGGAGUAG